AAAAAGGUGACAAGGGCAGUUGAAAGUAGGUCUACAGCUACUAUUUUUAGCGCCGCCCGCGCUGUAUUUGACAAUAGCAGCUGGCAUAGAUCUAAACACUAAAACAGGUAGCUACCCAAUCAUCGCAAACAUCUCGUUUUCGCCCAAUAUCGCCAAACAUGACUGGCCGCUACCCAUUCGCUUGACGUCGUUUACAUUCGUGCUCUGCCGAAUAAUGAUCCUCUGCCCAAGAUGGAAGAUGCAAGCCAAACCUUGGAGACUUGAGUUCGUUCAAGUACAGUGCAGUACAGUACCUUUCUUGCCCUUGCUUCGGAUGCGUAUACGCUUGGAAAACAAUAAUAAACCAACCCAGACCUGACCUGGCCCGCGGCGAAGAAGCAGGCGUUCUUGCAGCCGCUCCGUGCCAAGACAACUACUAGUGAACUACUUGCGACUUGCCGCGGAAGAUUAGCCUGCGCGCUGCUAGCUGAACUGGAAAUAAUUAUAAUAUUAUACACCAGUAGCCCCGCUGUUCACCUGCUUGAGGUCCCUGUGCGGCUCGAUUCGUCCAGGACCGCAGGAGCUGGUGUUCCGUGCACCGGAUGCUCAGGCAAGCGAGCCCUCUGGCAGUGGACAGGAUGGGCCCUCGAACAGCUAUGCACUGGGCACAGACGUGUAUCAUGUGGCUGCUCCUCUCUACUGUUGCGCAACAUUACGCAAUAGCAUGUCCAAGUGGGUGCACCUGUAGGUGGCCUCAGACUGUCAAUUGCUAUGAUCGGCAGCUGAAUGUGGUACCGGACAACCUGCCCGUGGAAACAACCGUGCUGGACCUUGGCAAGAACAGGAUCAGUACGCUGAAUGCAACAUCGUUCCACAACAUCACCCAGCUCUUUCAACUGUCGCUGGAUAACAACAGCGUUGAGAGUUUACCGGACGGAGUGUUUGACACGACGACAUCCCUACAGUAUUUAUAUUUAUCACACAACCGACUGCAGACGCUGCAAUCCGGAAUAUUCGACAAGCUCACCAACCUGAAAGUUCUCUAUCUGAAUAACAAUGAUCUGUCACAGCUUGGUGUUGCGGUGUUUUCAAAUCUACUGGCUCUUCGUCAACUGAACAUGUUUAGCAAUCGGCUGACGAACAACUCACACUUGUGCAAUCUCGUCAACACGUAUAAGAGCGGCGCAGCGCAAGUCGACAACAACAUCACCUCCGCCAUCUUACGGAUGUUGGCCGACUGUCCCGGCGCCGACGUGCAAUGCCUCGUUGACAGCGGCAGUGGCGACGGCGGCGACGGUUCAAACCAAACGCAGCACGUCUGCACUUGCCCCUCGCUCCAGCUCUACAACGGCAGAGGCUGCCAGGCGAACACCACGUGCAAUCCGCGAAACCCGCGCGACGCCUGUUCGGGUUUCCCCGUCUGUUCCGGUGCUGGCGCGGGUCUCGUGUGUUCGUGCGCCAGCGACUUCACCCUGACUGAACAGACGUGUACAUUACGGUACGGCUUCAGCGGAGCGGUGGCAAGUUUCCGCGGUUACCCGAUCGCACUGAAUUUCAUAGAAGCUACGAACAGUCUGGAGUUCAACUGUUCCGGCAGGAACGCCGUAUGCUUCGAACGCAAUCUACAGCCAUACUGUCUGUGCACGUGCCCGGACACACAAGCAUACAACGGAUCCGGCUGCGCCGACGCAGCCUCGUGUAAUCCCGGCAACCCGGAGCACGUGUGCUCGCAGUACGCCGUCUGCAACGUGAGUGCUGCAGAGGAGAGGUGCACGUGCGAGUACGGCUUCACACUGCACAGUGACUCUACAUGUAAAGUCGACUUUCCUCCGACUGUGCAGCUGAAUAGCACGGACACAUCCAUCACUGUCCGCUUGGCGCGAACCCAGGCGCCCAGCGGUGAAAUCCUGAACUACUCCAUAACUGCUACGUACUUUGCCGGAACAAAAGUGAUCUCCACGGCAACCAACAACGCCACGUUCAGCGAUCUGCCACACUCUACGACCGUCGAUGUAGCUGUGACGCUGACGCUUGCCUCGUCGCCGCGAAGCAUUUCGUCCAGAAUCGAAACCAAGAACGCGACGUAUCCCAAGGCGCCGGUUCUAAGUCUGUGGGCGACCACAACCAACGUCACAGCGCAGGUGACGGCCGCGGCGGCCAGCGUAGAACGUUGCGCCUACUUCAGGCGCGUCUCCGUCUCGGGGAGCACGGCUCACGCCGUCCAGGACGUCACACGCCGAUGCGCUAACGGCACCGGGAAUAUAACGUACGCGGGCGUCGAGGAGGACGCGGUGUACGAAGUGCGUGCUAAUGUGUUGGACGGCAUUCGUGGGCCAGCAUCGCAAUCGCUCAACAUACGUACUAAUAGCGGCGUACCGUCCGGCGCACCACGCUCGUUGCAGGCGAUUCAGACAAACGCCACGUCCGUUGCUCUUCAGUGGGCUGCACCCGAUAUCCUGAAGAUGAACGGUGCAUUCCGUUCAUAUCAAAUCUCCUACGACACAGAACUUGGACAAGUGAAUGAGAGCACUGUGUCUACCGAUGUGCAGAUCACCAGUCUUGUCUGCGACAGGAACUAUACGUUUCGGGUCGCCUUGGUCAACGAGGUGGGAAUUGGACCAGCUGCAGAAACCGAGGGAAGGACAACGAGUGUUUUUGACAACCUGUGUUUACAACAGCUUAUGGACUGUGCCCUUUGCCAGCCGGGUUUUAACCGCACGUGUUACUCGGUUUACAAUGACACCUAUUGUCAGUGCAAUGCCGGUUAUCGUGAUGCGGCAAAACCAUCUCGACUCAACGUACUGCAGGCAAUCCGUGCAAACCCCGGCGAUCUCGAGGCCGGUCCGAUUUGUGUGAACAUAAAUGAAUGUACUGAUGACGACGUGACUCACACCUGCCCGGAGGACUCCACGUGUCUGGACCUAGAUGGCACCUUCAACUGUUCCUGCGUCACCGGUUUCCAACCAACCCGCAACAGCAACGCAGAGCUGCAGGCGUGCAAUGAUAUUGAUGAGUGUAUGCCGCCCCAAAAUAACACGUGUGUCUUUCCCGAUGAAUGUCAGAACGAAAGGGGUACGUAUUCAUGCAAAUGCCGGGCCGGAUAUGAAUCACAGAAUCCGUCUGAUCAGUCAUCCGGCCAGGAUUCGUCAUGCCCCAAAGAAAGCGGAGGUCGCUGUGCAGACGUGAACGAGUGCUCCAACUCCUCCUCGUGUCACGAGUCGGCGACGUGUGAGAACACGUGUGAGUCUUUCGUCUGCAAGUGCCCUGUGGGAUACAUAAAGAGCACGGCAGCGAACAGUGCGAUUGAUGUCUGUGAAAUAAAUACUGUAGUGAUUGCAGUGGGCUCCGCAUUUGGCUUUCUCGGCCUGCUCGCCAUAAUUGUCGUCUUCGUCUGGAGAAGACGACGGGCCUUGGCACAGAAGAGAGAACAACGCAAGCGGGCAGCCAUAGGCAACGCCUCUUUUGCGACCCGCACACCGGGGCAGCUCCGCGCCAUGAUGAGUCUCGCCAACAACUCGGCAUACGGCAUGAGCCGCAGCGACGAGCCGGAGUACGAGGAGAUCGACGGUGGCCUGGGCCUGAUCUACGCGUAUGCCGCUGCCACCCGCGACGAUGUGGAAGCUGCCACGAAUAUAAUGGACGAAACGGAGUUGGCAACAUUCAAUACGGAUGACGGUACAGGGACGCAAUCGGUCAAAGCAGCUGUGAAUGGCCCCCCAGGUGUGGAAUCCGACGAUGACAAUGAUGUUGACAAUGAUGGAAGCGCUUCUGAACAAACCCAUGACGAAGACAAAGGCAGCCAUGCGGGUAUAAGCGUUGACGUACACCACGGCCAGCAAGCGGCCGUUAGCCGUACGGAUAAUGAAAAGGAGAGUGAUGAGAGCGACACGAGCAGUGUUCGUGACGGUGGCAAGACCGGAGGUCGCGAGUACCUCAAACUUCUGGACAAUGAAGAUGACGCAGUGGCGGUGGCACCUACAGGCUCAAGUAAAGACUUUGCAAACGCACUGCCGGCCGAGAGCAAUAUCGGAAUGGCAUCCGCUGAACCAGCACUGAACACCACCAGUGCAAUGGAGACAAUGGCAACUGAUGAUGCGCUGCAUGCCGAUGCCGAUCUCCUAGUUGCUUCGCCAAGCAAGCUGUCUCUGCCGCCAAGCUCAGGCUCUCCGUCAGAGACGGAGAGCUACGAUGACCCGGAUUUCGACAAGGACGGCUACUUGCAACUACAUGAUGAGCUCACCAGCCACUCGCGACCGCCGCCAGCACCGGAAAACAGCAAAGCAAACCCACCGGUGGUCAGAGUGUCGGUACCCCCGCACACGGAAACAAACGACUAUCAGAAAAAGCAGCAACAGCAACAGCAGCAGGAGCAACAGCAACAAGAACAGCAGCAACAGCAGAAACAGCGACAGCAACCGGAGCAGCAGCAGCAUCAACAGCAGCAGCAGGAACAGCAGCAGCAGCAGCAGAUACAAGAACAGCAGCAGCAGCAGCAGCAGAUACAAGAACAGCAGCAGCAGCAGCAGCAGCAACAAGAACAGCAGCAACAGCAGCAGGAGCAACAACAACAAGAACAGCAACAGCAACAGCAGCAGCAACAGCAACAACAAGAACAGCAACAGCAGCAACAACAUUAGCAACUCCCGCUCCGGCAAUUAUACCAACAGGAUCACCAGCAACAGAUCAGGAAACAGCAGCUUCACUGGCAGAGUCAAAAAUAACGCCCCCUUCGGUUGAAACGGGAGGCUGACGGGUGAGCUGACCGGCAUUGGGAUCCAGAUUUCGAUGAGCGAUUAACCUAGACCGUGUGCAAGCUGCUGACUAGCUGUGAUACACAGCCAUUGUAAAACCCAUGUUUGAUUAACUGCGGGAAUCUGCCGUACCAGGGUCCCAGGCAUUGGCCGGUUGAUCGGUUUAAAUAGCGUUCCAGAAUUGCUCCCUGGAAAAUGCUGUACGCCCAAGCAAUGCUCAACAGAUGGUUCUGCUCGUGCGGGUCUAGUUUGCCUAGCAAGACAGAUACACAUACUAGAAUAUGCAACUACGGAACAUGUGUUUGAAAAACGCUUGUUUUUACGGUUGAGCCAGUAAUAAAAUUUACCGUAAAAAAGAAAGUAAACAAUACUUUUAAGGACCCAAGUUCUGAGUAACUGUCCACCACUUCAACUUGAUAACUUAAUGAUACUAUCAAGGAAAAGUGUGCAAUUUCCUUGGAGACAAGAAUGCAAUUUUCAAGAGCCUGAAGUGUGUGAAGUGUGUCCUACUUCAAAGUUAUAGUGUCUCAGUACUCUGUCAGUUUCCCCGACUAUAAUUAGAACCACUUUGACUAACACCACUUUAACUUGACAUGAGAGUACUGAGACAUUGAACAAUGUGACACCUAGCCCCACGUGACACAUUUCUGGUGCACAAAACCAACAGCCUUCCACCUCGAUUAGAGGCCACAGAGGCGGGGAGCGCAGUAGAAAAGGGUACGGUUUUAAAUUAUUGUCCUUCAUUUCAUUUACUCUUGCCCGUGUUUCCCCUGGCGAUAAGGCUUGAGAGUAUAGUAGCGAUAACUUUCAAGAUCCUGCAGUGUGUCC